CAAGACGGGUGAUAACCAAAUGCCCGAGGAACAUGGAGCUAUUGAAAAUUCAGAUUGUACUGCUUCACAUAUCAACUGUGUUAUCUACAGGCGAAUUUGUGCGUUUAGUGAAUGGAAGUAGGCCUAAUCAAGGCCGUGUAGAGAUUUACCAUAACGGACAAUGGGGAACGAUUUGUGACGACGGAUUUCGUGAUGAUGAAGCCAGAGCUGUUUGUAGGGCACUAGGCUACAGAGAUGGAAACCCAUUUACAAGUGCAUAUUUCGGAAGAGGAUCAGGACAUAUAUUUGUGGAUGAUUUACAGUGUAGUUCUACUUACCCUACUGUGAAUAUAUUGGUACUAGGAACAAUACAGUGUACUUUUAGCGGUUGGGGUGUAUCUAAUUGCAGUCACAGUGAGGAUGUCGGCGUGGAAUGUGAAAGUAGGUAACAUCGCAAGUAGAAAUAUAAUACUUCUACUUCUUUGAAAGUAACGAUGGAAAUCAUCUUAAUAU